UAUUAUCAUAAUUCAUACGAAUUACGAUUAACUGCUAUUACCUAUACACGUAACUUUUACAUGGCUAGUAAAAAUAGUUAGCAUGGGUUGCUUUUUUACUAUAAUGUUCUUAGAGUUGGUAAUGACUUUUCUAAAAGUGCCAAGUAGUAACAACUAUUUGAAAUGUUGUGGUAAAUAAUUCCCUAGUCAGAAAAUCCUAUAAUCUAUUUUAGUAAAAUAAAAACGCAUCAAAUCAAUUAGAAAUGGAUUUAAUAUACAAGUCUGUCGUUAAAGUAGAAUGUGGCAGUAACGAGGGUUCAGCAGUUUGUGUUCAUACUUCAAACUCCGUUGGUCAUGUAUUCUUGACUUGUUCUCAUGUUGUACGAUAUAAAACUGGACCUGUCAUUUUACGACACAACGAUAACGUAAUAAAAGGGAAAGUAAUUUUUGCAGUGCGCAAAGGUGUUCCAUUCGAUAUAGCUAUAAUUUUAAGCGAAAAGACUAUCAAUAUUGUCGCUUGUCAAAUUUCUGAUGAAAAUCCAGUCAUAAAUCAAGAGGUAUUUGCAGUGGGCUAUCCUUCUAUAGAAAAAAAACUCAAAAUAUCUUUUGGACACAUACACGCAACACCUCUUAGUAGUAUAUUAACAACUAAUUGUCAAGUAUACCUUGGAUUUAGCGGAGGUCCAGUUUUUGGAAAAGAUAAUAAGCUUUUGGGGCUAACAAUUGGCAUGCUAAAUGUUGGUACAGUUAAUUUUAUACUACCUUCUUCAGUAUUUAAACAAGUUAUCAAAAACUAUAUUACUAAAAAUGAUAUUAUUGUAUUAGAAAAUCUGGAAUCAAAGUGUCCAAAAACCAAAAUGAUAUGGAAUAAUGGGGUACCAAAUUUAAAUUUGUGUCAUUUUUGAUAAGUGACACGUGGAGAAAUUAAUAGACUGAAACUUAACCAUGCAAGCAAGAAAGGAGACUGUGUUUGAUCUAUACCUAAUGAGCCAACAUCUUAUUUUUAUUGAAUUCUUUUUGAAAAAUGAUCUUUUAUGAUUUAAACUAGCAAAACAAAUUUGUAUUUUGAUUUAUAUAGUUAUUAUGUUUUAAUUACAGGUGAUAUUUUAGACAAUGCUAAAAAAAGUUAUAACUUCAUUAGUUGUUUGAAUUGUGAUACCAAAAAGUCAAUAUAUUUGUAUAUAACAUAUUUGAUUAAAUUUAUCAGGUAUAUGAUAUUUAAAUUAAAAAUACAUAAUAAUUAUAUAAGAAAUUUGUAUUAAAGUAUAUUUGAUAAAUAGUAUCGUAAGUACAUAGAAUAUAGUGACGGAUAAGUUGAUAUUUUCUGUAAGCGAUAUGAGCUAUUUAAGACUGAGUGGUAUUCUGUGGCAUCGAUUCGUAGUUGAAAUUUAUAAAUACAAUUAUUUUACUAUGUUC